AUGCAGCCAGUGGAGCCUCUCCGUGCAUGGCCGUCCACGACGGCCACGCAGCACGUCUCUGUGGAAGUUGACGAGGGUUAUGACACAGAUGCCGAGCCAGAGGAUACUGAUGUACUCCCGCAAUCGGUGGUCUCAGAUGAUGCAGAGCCCGUGCAUAAGCUCGCGAAGACAUGCCCUAAGCCGAGGAUGUCAGUUGAACACUUGCAGAAUGCCCAUGGAGCGGUCGAUUUCCUCCCCGCACUCACAUCAUUCUUGCAGAAACACCUCCCUCAUAACACGAUCAAGCCUGCCGCACAGGACCGUUUCAACGUUUACAACCAGGUAGUUGUACAGAUGCCGUUCAAUCCACAUAUCAGCGACAAGCACAGCCGGAUGAGAAUCCGCGCUGUUCCUUCUAUCCCUCCCUCAUCUACCGGACGCAAACCAGGCUCACCGUCUCACUUCGACAUGGCACUUGUUUGCACGGAUCCCAUCAAGAAGCGCGGGUUCCAAGGUCUACGAGUAGGGCAAGUCCGCGCGAUAUUUCACUUACCCCAUCAGUUUGGACACUACCCACACCCUCUCGCAUAUGUUGAGUGGUUCACGGAGUUCCGACCGCAACCAGACCGUGCAGUGAAUAUGUAUCAAGUCAGUCGGUCCACUCGCAAUCGCGGCCGCAAUGCGGAGAUUGUUCAUGUUGACGAUCUCAUGCGGCCAUGUCAUUUGGUUCCGAAGCUGUGA